UAACUUUCUAAACAAGUUUCACUUACCACAUUCUAUGCCAAUGAUUUUACUACCAUGAUCUCUGUGGGCUUGUUUUGUCUGUUAUUCCUUGUGAAUUCUUUGUUUUGGUUAAAGACUGCACCUUGUGGCAUUUCAACACACAUUGAGAUAGGUAAGCCUUACAAAAUGAUGUGCAUAUGAUAUUUUUCAAACUCAGGAAAUUUGGUAUCCACACAAAAACAGCAUUAUCUGGACCAGAAAUUACGUCUAUCUGUCCAUCCAUCCGUUAUCGUAUUGGUCAUUUGUAGAAAUAAUAAUUGCAAACUAUCACAAUUUGGUCAGGAAAACCCAACAUUCAGAUUUAUGGAGGUCCGUUCUGUGGUUGGGUCAAUAUAUGAGGUCAGUCAGUGUAAUACCAUUGCCACCAUGUAAUUUAGUGUUCAGUUUGGGUAUGGACUCACUAGAUCCAGAAAACUUGGUAUUAGUGACAAUAGAGGAAACUUGCUUGGUGUCUCAAAGGUCUUUAAAUUAGUUUAGCUCAUUGAAUUUUGUCUUGCUAAUCCCAGGGUGUCAAACUAUGUUGCAUGCUUAUUGAAUAAAUAUAUAAAAUUGGAAAUAUAUCAAUUAUACUUUUCCUUUUGUUUUAUAAUUGAUCUUUGGAAUGGUUUCUUUAUUUGUUUAUGUUGAGUAAACUGUCAAUAUCAUUUGUUGUUGUUCGAAAGAAUGUCUUUAAAUGAAUCUCUUUAAUGCAGUGUGUUUGUAUCUUUUAUAUAACCUCUGUCUUUAUAAACAAUUACAAUUUUACAGCUUACAGAGCACUGGAACACUUCAGCCAGACUGAAGGAAACUAUAAUUACGGAGAGGUACAUAAACUGUUCAACAAUUUUAUUUCCUAAUUCAUCUCAUGCAAUGAAACAGACUGUGUUCAGAGGUAGACUUGUUCUGAUAUACAUAGCCUUAAAUAGAAGACAGACUGCCUUCUUAUAAGAGCGGACUGGAUCGAUGGAACUCUGUAUUCAACAUCCCAAAAAGAGGCUUCCGUAGUAAAAGUAGUUAAAGACUGUAAAUGAUUAGCUGAAAAAUGAGGUGGGGCUUCUGUCUAAAUACUGAAUUGCAUUGAGUAAAACCAGCAGGAUUAUUCACGAAACACUGAAUUUUGUGUGAUUCAGCAGAAUUCAAUUAAAAUCACAGAAUAGCAACAGAAUUUGCAAUUCUCAUAUUGACUAAAAUAUUAUUUAACCAGAUGAGUAGACUUGAUAGGCAUAUCCGGUGUCAAUUUUAAAACCAGUAAUGGGAAGCCUAUUCAAAAUAUACAAUCGUCAUGUUUAUCAAAACAUUUUACCAGAAUGGAUACAUUGAGAGAGAUAUAUAGAUAUAUACCAACUCUUUUGGUUGGUUGGUUGGUUGGUUGUGCUGGGGGGGGGGGGCAAGUGUGGAUGAAAACCCCUUCCACCUGAAGUAAGUGGAUAGUUAAUACAUUGCUAAAGACAAAUACACAUACCAGUCAAGCCAUAAAACUUGCUUUUCCCACAGAAAUCUCAAUAUAACAGUGCUCUCACUACUGCAAGGGAUUCUGGGUAGGCGUAUGCAAAUGAGCUCAACAAAGAACCAAUUUUUGCCUCAUAAUUCCACUUUAUACAUGGAUUUCUUGGAGUCUGGGUCUGCUGUAUACAACACAUUGCUAAACACAAAUACACACACCAGUCAAGCCACAGGACUUGCUUUUCACAUUUCAAUCCACGUGCCGUGUGGAGUGUUGCCAUGGUAACAAAGUAAGGUAUUAGGAUGUAUGCCUACCAAAUUCCCCGUUAACUGACAAAUAAGUUUCCCUGUGUGUACAUAGAACCUAGAAAAGUUGGAAAUUAGACUUUAAUUUCUUUCAUGGUAUAUUAAACUCCAAAUUCAGAAAAUCCCACGUUAAAGGGACACUAUAGUUACCAGAAACAACUUUAGUUUAAUAAAGCAGUUUUGGUGUAUAGAUUAUGCCCCUGCCACCUGCGGUCUCAAUUUUUAAUUUUCUGCCAUUUAGGAGUUAAAUCAGUUUGUUUAUGCAGCCCUAGUACCACCUUCCCUGCAUGUGUCCUAUACACUGUCGUUACACGUUUCCUGUAAAAAGAUGUCUAAUGGUUAAACCUUUAUUGCACAGUCUGUUUAAUUUAGAAUUUCAUAUCUCCUAGUUUGUUGAUAAUUUAUUAGAUCCUGCAGGAAUCUCCUAUGCUGUCCUUGUGGACUCGGCUCUUGUAAAAUGUAGCUGGAUUGAUCGUCACUGUUGAAUCUUCUUAAUUUCCUCUUGUCUUCAGUUGUAGAAAAUAGUCUUUUGCCAAAUGUGCUCGCUAGAUUAAUAUAUGUCUAUAGUAAUGAAAAGUAUUAAUACGCAAUCUGACUUACGGUUUCUUCAGGUUUAUUCUUAGUUACUGAUACAUAAUAAAACAACAAAUGAUGUUACAGGAUAAUGUAUUUCAACAGCAGAUGGUAAUUGCUGGACUCCUGAAGGGAGAGUUACAUCCUUACAUCUUUACAUCGAGAGAGAGCCAAGAACCUUGUGUCACUCUGUUACUAUAUAGAUGUGCCCAUACUGACAUCAGAGUUUAACUCUAUCCAUAUAAGGACAAGACCCCCAAAUCCACAUUCCAGAGCUCUCAGACAAAGAAAGAGUUGUGACUUAUACCAUCUGUUACUUAUGUCAAUCCACACAUCCAUAUAUAAUCAAUAGAAACAUAGAAUAUGCAAUAUUCUACAGCUCUAAAUGCCGGGGGUGACAUAGCACGUCCCCGCCGUCCUAUGUACUUACCUGGUCGCCGGCGAUCCCAUCUCAGGGAGUCCCCCUGCUGCCAUUCCGGCCCUCCUGGGCCAUGUGAUCGCGAGGUCCUUGCGAAGCCCUCACUAUCGCAUGGACGGCAUAGCCGUACACAGCAGUGCCAGCAGGGGGAGUCCCCCUGCUGCUUGUAAAAUGUAAAAAAAGGUUAAAACAGUUUAAAAUAAAAUUAUAUAUACUUAGAUCAUAUAUAUAUUUUGUUAUAUAUAUGAUCUAAGUAUAUAUAUAUAUAUAUACACACAUACACAUACAUAUACAUACACUAAGUGUAUUUUAAUAUUAAUAUAUAUAGAUAUAUAUUAAUAUCAAAAUACAUGUAGAAUGAUAUUGAUUAAAUAUAUAUACAAUUAUAUAUAUAUAUUUAUAUAUAACAUAAAAUAAAUAUGUAAAUACAUUAAAAAAUAAAAAUAUAAUAAAAAAUAAAUAAAAAGUAUUUAUAUAUAUAUACACGUGUAAUUUCAUUCUAACGGUAUUUUGAUAUUAAUAUAUAUAUUGAUAUCAAAAUACGCGUAGAACGAAAUAAUAUAUAUCUAUAUACAUAAGUAUGUAUGUAUAUAUCACUUUAUAUAUAUAUAUAUAUAUACCUAUAUAUAAAUAAAAAUAAUUAAAAUAUACAAAAGUUUUCAAAAGUUACAGAGUCAAAUAUAAGGCUUGUGUUUCAGUUUUUUCACAUUGAAAUUCGCCAGAUUGGUUACGUUGCCUUUGAGACCGUAUGGUAGCCCAGGAAAGAAAAUUACCCCCAUGAUGGCAUACCAUUUGCAAUAGUAGACAACCCAAGGUAUUGCAAAUGGGGUAUGUCCAACCUUUUUAGUAGCCACUUAGUCACAAACACUGGCCAAAAUUGGUGUUCAAAUUAGUUUUUAGCAUUUUUCACACACAAACAAAUAUUAACAGUAACUUUGGCCAGUGUUUGUGAUCAAGUGGCUACUAAAAAAGACUGGACAUACCCCAUUUGCAAUACUUUGGGUUGUCUACUAUUGCAAAUGGUCUCCAUCAUGGGGUUAAUUCUCAUUCAUGGGCUACCAUACGGUCUCAAAGGCAACAUAACCAAUCUGGCGAAUUUCAAUAUGAAAAAAAUGAAAAAUGUAACAUGCUAUAUUUGACCCUGUAACUUCCCAAAAUACCAUAAAACCUGUACAUAGGGAGUACUGUUUUACAUGUGAGACUUUGCUGAAUACAAAUAUGUGUAUUUUAUUGCAGUAAAAGCAAACAGUAUUAUGACAUUGACAGUUAAAAUGUCAUGUAAAACUAAAAAAAUAAAGUCUUAUUUUCUCCCAUUUUUUAAAAUAUUUUAUUCAUAUUAAAUUAUGUUUCAUACCUAAAUAUUUGAUGUUAAAAGAAAACCUUGUUUGUCCUGAAUAAAAUGAUAUAUAAUAAGUGUGGGUGCACUUACUAUGAAAGAGGUGAAUUACGGUUGAACGGACAUAUAGCGCAAAUUCCAGAUUUUGUUUAUGUUUUGUUUUGAUCACAACGUGUACAUUUGGCUCAGUCCUUUAAGGGGUUAAUGAUGGCAUAUUUUGUUGAUGUCAAUAAAUGUAUCUUGUUCUUCUCUCCUUAGCUUUUACAGAAACAUCCAGAAGCUUUCCAGGCAGGGAGUGUAUAUCCUGAUGCUUUUUACCAAAAUAUUUGUAAGAAUGGUAAGUGACGAGAUUUUAGUUUCCUGUACCUGGCCUGACAGGAAGCUGUUCGGCACUGUCAGGCUGGGUAGAGCAAGUGACCGGCAGGGUGGGAAUGCAUUGCACUUCCCUCCUUCCGUUCACCCGAUGAUAGCUCCACCAAGGCUAGUUCGCCUAGUGGUUGUGUUGGUCUUGUGAAUGAUUGUGGCAGGGUAAGAGAGGGGGUAACUUAUGGGAGCUGAUGUGCCACUCUGCCUACUUGGAAAUCUGUUCCCGCCUCUUACCUUAGAUACCUUCUUGGAGCAACUUUUUAACAUAGCAAAUGUUUCUGCAACAUCAUUAAUGUGUCACUCCCUUAUCAAAGGCAUUUUAAAGGAAUACUAUAACUAUAUGUGGAGACACUGACAAAAAAAGCUCCUCUAGUGGCCGUCUGAGUGACUGCCACUGGAAGUGUCACUACGCACCAAUGUAAACACUGCCUUUUCUCUGAAAAAGCAGUGUUUUCAUUGCUGAGCCUGCAGGGACAGGCUACAGACAUUAGAACCACUACAUUAAGCUAUAAUAGUUCUGGUGACUAUAAUGUCCCUUUAAGUUCAACUUUUUAAAGUCAGUGUUUUUAAAUGUAUAUGUAAUUUGCCAUGCCUAAGAUAAUAAAAAGAAGAAACAUUGCUGAAGGAUUAAAUAUUCAUUAUAAGGACACUCUACCACUCCACCCCCCCCCCAAAAAAAUAAAUGAAAAUCACUGUUUAAUUGUUAUAACCGCCCCCCCCCAAUGAAAAUAUGCAUGCAAUUAAUUACACAUUUUUUUCAUUGAGGGUUUAUCUAAAGACAGCUUGCAAAUGCUGCAGAUCUCUUGUCUGCAGCCCUUAUAACGCUUUCCUUUUUCCCUAGCCCAGCGUUUCUGUUGCUGUCCAAUUACAGGCUUCUUAAUACUGCUCAGUGCAAGGCAGGUAUUCUUAAGUGGGCAUUUGCCUCAUAAAGGUCCACGCCAGACCCCAAAAGCACUUAAUCUUGCUGAAGUGCUUUAUGGGUGAGGAGUACCCUAGUUUAACCAUAAUUUAUAAAAGUGCUUACUUCUAAAUUAACUAGGGUGUGCGUGAACGAGCUGACGUGUGUGCAAGCAAUGGUGCUCAAUGAGAAGUCUCUUCAAGGAAAAAAGGGCAGGGCUUACAAAGGCUGCAGUUCACAAGAACUGCAGCCUUUGCAAGCUCUUUCAAGAUAUACCCCCAAUUAAUACAUGCAUAAAAAAUUCAUGUCUGAUUGACAGACACCAGUAAGGGUGUGUAAUAAGGUUAAUUUACAAAUGUGUCAAAUUCUAUUGAAAUCUGCACUUUUUGCAAAAUGAAAAAAAUGAGGAUCACUCUAAACAUAUGAAGCAUUUCAGUGAGCUAAAGUGGUUUAGGUGUUUGGAGUGUUUAUUUACCAAGCUGUGAUAUUGUAUAACAUGGUUAAUGUGUUUUUCUGUAUAUGUGCAUAUGGAAAUUUAUGCGUUAUUAUUAAUUUCUCACAUUACUUUCCCAAGUUAUUACUCACUAUACUUGGUUAAUGAAUUAAUGGGUUUAAUGAAACAGUCUAAAAAAUAUUUUUAAUGGACACAUGGGUCAUAAUAUAAUGGUUUAUUAACACAAACAAGACAUCCUUAACAUCAACUAUUUGUAAUGGUUUGCCUUUGCAGGAAAAUAUCAUGCACUGUCUGAAGAUUCGCACUGGACACCUUUCCUGAAGACCAGUAUUAAUUAUAUCAGAAAAGUCUAUCCACGGCCAUGGAACGAGGUACAAAUCUUUGAAAAUAAAUGUUGAAAUCUAUCAACGCAUGAGUACAUGUGUAUUAUAACCAUUAAUAUAAUAUUUUUGUAGUGUAAAAAUUGAUAUAAUGUACUUUACUGGGUUUUUUUUACAUUAAGAAUUGAACAUUCAGGAAUAUUUAUAUAAUAAACUAUUUAUUAUGGAAAUAAAGCAUGGUGAGACAGUUUAUCUUACAAUCACACAUAUUGGGAUUUUCAGACAAAUUCAGACAAAUAUAAAAUGUAUAUUCUGUAUUAUAUUUGCCUCCAUGCACUGACACAAAAAAUAAUGUUUUAUACUUAAAGAACAUAAGGGAGUUCAUAAUUUUAAAAUAAAAAUACGUAUAAGUUUGAUUAAUUAAAAUAAAUGUCCAUUGUGAUUUAGCAUUAAAUAAAAUUCACUGGAUUCAUAACCUUGUGAAAUGUGCUGUGUACACAUAUGCCAAAGAGUACACAUAACACUCUUCUAUAAAGAAAAAAAAGAAACAACAAAUAAUUAUAAAAUUUUAUUUUUAAAAAGAGGAUUAGCUUCUAUAAGUAUACUAUAUUUUUACAUACUUUAUUCUAAGGUUCUGUGCUUUCUCCUAUGAAAGGGUGCCCAGAAACUGGUUGCUUUUCUGUUUGGCAUUGCAUCCCACAUGGUGACUGAUGUGAGCUGGCACAGCCUGGACAUUGACCAAGGAUUCCUUAGGGCUAUGGGUGAAGUGAGUAGUACAAGACUGAAAAGCAAUGGUUGCUUAUUUAUUGUUAAUUUUGGCUCUUGCAUGACUUCUUUAAAAAAAAAAAAAGCAGGAAUCCGCCUUGCAGGGCGUGAAAUAUUUGUACAUAAAAAUUAAUUUCUACAAAAAUACCAUGGGAUGUCUUCUUCAAGAAAUGGUAUGCCUUUAUGGUGUAGUUGGGUUAUAUAGCCUGGUAAAAUACUCUAAAAUGGGACAUGGACACAGCGUAAAAAUGUAAAGUUUGGAAAAAAAACUGGAAUGGCUGUUUCUCAAAUAUGCCCCUUCGAUGUCCACAUAUACCUGGCAAAGGUACAUAUGGGGGUGUAACGGACCGUUUUGCACAAAAGGGGAAAAAAACGUUUAGGCGAUCGGCCCCCUUUCCAGAGAUACAGGCACAGCUACUGCAGAACACCAAACUCCCGAACUGGAUACAAAAUAGCACUCCAACUCCCGAACUGGAACCUCCCAAAUAGCUGCUAGCAGACGAACAGGAAAAGCAGACAAUCAGCUUACACUCCUGGCAAUCAGUCUCUAACAGCAUACAGUGAAUCCCCCCAAGAACGAGACAAGGCUCUGUGUUGAGGGUCAAGCAGUGGUCUGAGGUGCUGGCACACCCAGCCUGGUUUUUAUUACAGUCUUGCAAAUACAGGACCGCCCACAGGGAGGUAUAAAACAACCAAUCACAUCACAGUUACAUCCCACAUAUUCCCUCCCCUUAUCCUGAGAGGAAACUCAAUUACACAUACAGUUAAAACAUACUUUCUACCCAACUUUCAUAACUCUAAAACCAUACAUCACAUUCACAUAAAAUUACAUAUUCACAAUCAAUCCAUUCAGGGGAACAACAUAUUAAAAAUGGCAUGAAUCAGACCAGGGGUUCAAAAGUUAGUAAAAAGUCCUUUGUGACUAAAUGAAGCAUGGCUUUCUGGCCCAAACCAGUUUCAGAGUCUUCUAUCCUGGAGAGUAAUUCAAUUAUCUCCCAGGACAGACACAAGACUCCAUUAAGCACAUGGUUGCAAAAAGACACAAAACACUUUAAAAUACAUAAAGUCACAUUUAUUACAUAAAACACAGACAUGUAACAUAUCCCCAGAUAGCUCAGGUCUGAGCGCACAUUAUUAAGUGAAUGGCGCUCAGACCACACGAAUACAGUUUAAUCGCCAUGGAGCCAAAGUCUUUACAGUCAGUUUCAUACGAAUGGGCUCCAUGGGAUUCCUAUCUGGGGUGUAACACAUUCAAACAAAUCUACCGAACCCCAGGCAGAAAAGCACGAAUGAAGCUUUUCUGCAGGUAAAAAAAGAUGUCUUUUAACAGGGGGCCAUAGUCCAAAGGCAGCAGGCGAGCAACCAGGCUUCUCCAAUGCAAUGUGGCGAGAUUGGUCUCGUCACAGGGGGUAUUGCUGUAUUUAGCCAACAUAGCUGAGCAACAUAUGAUGUAUUAUACAGUCAUAGCACACAUAAGGUUUGCAAAAUAUACUGUGCAAACUCACUUUGUAUGUCAAAAAGGCAGAAAAAAUGCUUAUUACCACUACACUUGGUACAAGCUAGUGGAGAAUGAAUCCCACGCUGAGGCUCAAAAUAUGUCUUUUGAAAUAUCCUGGGAUGUCUUCUUUAAGAAAUGGUAUGGCUUUAUGCUGCAGUUGGAAUAUGUAGCCUGCUCAAGUGCUUCAAAGUGGGACACGGACGCAUCAAAACCCUCCAUGGAAAUUCACUCUUAAACUUGUCAUGUCUCUUUUACAGCACUGUAACUUCACAAAAUAGAGUCUAGGUCAUACAUUAGGCAUAUUGUUUUAAUCAGAAGAUGUAACUGAGCAUAAUGUGGGAGAUUUUAUGACAGUGGUACAUAUCAAGUGUAAGAAAUACUCAUCAAAAAUGCAACAUGUAUGUAAAAAUGCCAUUUCCCCCACCCCCUCACCACAAACAUUGACAUAAAUUGAAAGCCCUUUGUGGGGUUAUUUGAACAGUCACACUGCUAUGAUACUCUAAACCAGAGGGUCUCAACCUGUGGGUUGUGACCCCUUUAGGGGUCGAACGACCCUUUCACAGUGGUCACCUAAAACCAUCGGAAAACACAUAUUUCUGAUGGUCUUGGGAACCGAGACGCCGCCCCUCUAUUCCUCUACAGGCGGGUUCGCCCACAUGCAGAUACGCCCAGAUACGAGUACCCGGCAUGAUGACAUCAUCGUGUCAGCCCCAUAAAGUUUACAGGGAAAUUGUUUACUCUUUGAGAAGCCUCAGAAUAUUUGCACAUGCCUCGUCUGGAGGAGAUGAAGUAUGCUGAUCUGAGGUCUGUCAGCAGCAAUGGGGGAAAAGGUGGUGUGCUAAAAUAGAGGCUUCUUGACACUUUUAUUCAAUCAAGUGAGCCAACGGUAGGAAGAAGAAAUCCUCCCUGGCAGUAAUACAAGUUUCUAAUUCUAAUAACAGUGCCGAUUUCUCAAAGAAACUGGAACUUUUAUAAAUUGGCUUUAAAAUAGGUUACUUCAUAGACAUAAAGCACUUUGCCAAGUUUUAGUGUUUUGUGUGUGGAGUGGUCCUUAAACACAGAAUAGACAUUUGUAAACAUUGCAAUAUUUGGAAAAAAGUACAUGUAAUAUUAUAUUUGAAAUGAGUGGUAAACCUGGAACCCAAUUUUAUGGUUGUAAAAAUGGCGAUAAUUUAAAGGGACACUAUAGUCACCCAGACCACUUCAGCUCAAUGAAGUGGUCUGGGUGCCAGGUCCCUCAGGUUUUAACCCUUCACAUGUAAACAUAGCAGUUUCAGAGAAACUGCUAUGUUUACAGAGCAGGGAUAAACCAGCCUCUAGUGGCUGUCUUCUGGACAGCCACUAGAGGUGCAUCUGUGACGCUGGAGGCUCAUUUCGCCUCCAUCGCGCAGAGCAUCAAUAGGAAAGCAUUGCGUAAUGCUUUCCUAUGGACACUUUGAAUGCGCAAGUGGCACUUGCGGCGCAUGCGCAUAAGGCUCCGCUGACGUCGGUGGGGGAGGAGAGAUAACCAGCGCCGAGGGAGCCCGGCGCUGGAUUAAGGUAAGCUGCUGAAGGGGUUUUAACCCUCAGGGCACUAUAGUGAUCGUUUAAAAAAAUAUUUUUUUUAAUCAAUAGCACUCUUUACACGGCAGUAUGGGGACUAGUCAACUUUAUAUUAGCUUUAACAUUACUAUGUAGCACAGCCUUAAUGAUCAAUCAAAAUGACAGAAGCACAAAUUAAUAAAAAUAAAUAAAUAAAUGUUAUUUCUCAGUGUUAUCCACUGUCAAUACUGCCCUUCCCCAAAACAAAAACAAAAAUUAAAACAAAACAAAAAAUAAAAAGUUGAAUUGAAGACAACUACAGUAUUUACAACCUGUUUCCAAGCACACUUACAUGUAACCAGUUUUUUGGUUUUUUUUAAUUGCUGGUAAAGAAACCUUGUAUGUUAUUUUGGAACAAAAACAAAGCCAAUAUUACUAAUAUUGGUAAUGUUUAAUUCUAAUAGUGCCUUCUCUAUUAUAAAUUGUGGGAAAAGUGGUCUUUAUAUAGCCUUCAUUAUAUAGCCUUCAUUAUAUAGCCUUCAUUAUAUAGCCUUCUUUAUAUAGCCUUCUUUAUAUAGCCUUCAUUAUAUAGCCUUCUUUAUAUAGCCUUCAUUAUAUAGCCUUCAUUAUAUAGCCUUCAUUAUAUAGCCUUCUUUAUAUAGCCUUCAUUAUAUAGCCUUCUUUAUAUAGCCUUCUUUAUAUAGCCUUCUUUAUAUAGCCUUCAUUAUAUAGCCUUCUUUAUAUAGCCUUCUUUAUAUAGCCUUCUUUAUAUAGCCUUCUUUAUAUAGCCUUCUUUAUAUAGCCUUCUUUAUAUAGCCUUCUUUAUAUAGCCUUCUUUAUAUAGCCUUCAUUAUAUAGCCUUCUUUAUAUAGCCUUCUUUAUAUAGCCUUCAUUAUAUAGCCUUCUUUAUGGCCAGCUUCUUUUACUUCUUUAUAUGGCCUUUGUUAUGGCCUUCGUUAUGGCCUUCUUUAUAUGGCCUUCUUUAUAUAGCCUUCAUUUAUAUGGCCUUCUUUUAUAUAGCCUUCAACAUGUAGCCUUCAUUAUAUAGCCUUCUUUAUAUAGCCUUCUUUAUCUAUAGCCUUCAUUAUAUAUGCUUCUUUAUAUGGCCUUCUUUAUAUAUGGCCUUCUUUGUAUGGCCUUCAUUAUAUGGCCUUCUUUAUGGCCUUCAUUUAUAUGGCCUUCUUUUAUAUAGUAUUCAUUAUAUGGCCUUCUUUAUAUGUAGCCUUCAUGUUGUGGUCGUGACUUAAAUAUGAAUAUUAAUCUCUUAAUGCAUAAUAAUUAAGCAAUACGGAACAACAUUAAUAUUUUUAUAAUUCAUGGUAUUAUGGUCGAAUAUGUGGAUAGAAAAUACACAAAACGUUGUAAUAUUAAAUGUAUAUUUAAUAUAACUAUAACAAAUAAACAGAUGCUAGCAGAAUGUUAAUUUCAAUAAUUAUACAAUACAAUACUACACAAAACACUAUUGGUUGCUAAAUAUUAUACAAAAGGCUAUUACAAUUGCUAACUGUUACAAUACAAACAUAUUACUUACAUGGCCCCAGCCCUUUGGCUGGGGUUAAGUCAGAGCUGGUACUACAUCUUAGGUUCAGUCAGUUACAGGCAAAGGGGCAAAGAGCCAGAGUUUUCUCCUCCAUCUGGUUUUAUUCAGUGUAAGUAGGCUGGCCUGUGAUGUCACUGCCAGAAGCACAUGUCUUCCUACACACUCCCCCUAGUGGUGCCCCCAAAGCAUUACACUAAAUAUGCUUUCUUUAUGAUGUAAAGUCAUUAAUUAAUAAAUACCAUUACAAACCACCCUUUGACAUGUCAUAAAACAAGAAUUUAUAAAACCAGUACAUUUUGAAUCUUCCCCAUUUUAACACUACCUGCCCUACAACAAAACCCACCUUUUGAAGAACGAUACCCAUUUACCCAUUAAUUAUUACCCAUUAACAUUUUAUUGCUUAUAUAAAUGUUCACCAUUGAACACAUGCAUUACCAGUUGGGAAAUAGGCACAUACCCACCCUUAUAAUAAUGAACAACUCAAACCAUGUUUUAUUAGAUUAACCAAUGAUAUUGUGUUCAUGUGAGGAUGUGUUUUGGAGCUUAAUAUAGUAUUAGACACCACAAACUCAUAACACCUAUGAAUCAUGUCACAGACCGACUCGAUUUCUGUAGCCUCUGGCUGGUCUGUGUGCCUGGAAUUUUCACAAACAUUAGUCCUGGAAACUGGAUACUCUAUUCUUCGACAGUCUCAUAGAACAUACGCACUGAGACAGGGAUGAAUGAAACAGUUCAUGUGAUCAAGGACUUUUGUGUGUUUGUGGUCACAUUGUUUUGUUUUUUCUUUCUUUAUACCAUUAACCACCUUGACGUAACAGUGUCCUGCUCCUGAUGCAUUUGUUCCGACUCUCACCCCUCUUAGCUGCAAUAUUUUUUCUCCUUACAGCGACAGUUGAGCAUAGUGUCCAGUGCUUCUUCUUCUUCAGCUUAAAAUAUCCUUGCUUGAAAGUUCUUGAAUGAAAACACAGGCAAUGACGAACACAAACAUAAAUAAUAACUGUGCCAAUCAUCACAAGUACCAUUUGAUUGUGGUGUCUUAACCAUAUAUUUUUUUUUUUCCUAUGGCGUUUGGAUAAAUACCUACACACCUCUCUUCACAUCCAGCACACUCCUGAUUCACAGAGAAACACAAUAUCACUGCUGUAUCUACCAAUUUAACCCAAACACUCGUUAUUACUGCUGCAUUUACCAAUUUAAUCUAAACACUCGUUAUCACUGCCGUAUUUAACCAAUUUAAUCUAAACAUUAACCAAAACAAUUACAUUCCUAUUUACCACCCUUCUAUUUAAACAUGUAUAGAUAACCCAAAAUGCCUACUUUCUCUUAUCCCUCUUAUUUUUGUUUUUUGUUUUUUGAACUGCAACCACUCAUGCACUUUACACAGACACAAAUCAAGCACCUACUGGACAAUGGGGUUCCCUCGUUAGAGCCCUCCCACCCCAGUUUGGUUUACACAAAAAUACCCCCUGGUCCCUAUGGGUCAAUUCCCCCCUUUCCCAGGCAAGCAUACAUACAACAAUAAUAAUACAUAAGGGUUUCAAUUGCAAUACAAUCACUAGAAAUAAGAGAACAGUAUGCACAAAAUCAUAGAAUAGACAUGUUAAAUAGACAAUAAAAUAAAACAUUCAAUAGCUCAUCAAAGGUCAACAUUUAAACACUGGUCUCCAUCUGAUAUUCUAUCUGUGUUCCAAUGUCCACCCCUGGUUUCUGCUAUAUCUGAAAAAAGGUAAGAAAACAGAUCAGGAUUACUUUUCCUUGUCACUUAUAGCGUAUACUGCCAAAUCCUUUACUUAGCAUAUAUACAUAUAAAUACAUUCCCUAAACUUUUCAUUUUAUAAACAAUUUGUUCAACAAGGUAACUUUCUUAAUUUUCUACUUGGCUCUUAAAAUAAACAAUCAGCUAAUAGCUGCUUUCUGCAUCUUCUCUGCAAUUCAGGAAACACAUUUCUAGCCAACCUAAACAUGUUUAAUAACUCUCCACCCUUUGGUUAAAUUAUAGAGGAGUGAACCACAACACCUCUUCCGCCUCUGAAAGGAUAUAGGUCAAUAUGUCUCAAAGUUCAACACUUCUGACAGCUAUGAGUGACUCCCUAUUAAUUUCUAGCCUUUCCACGGACAUGCUUGCACCUCGCGGCUAAGGGCCUGCACAACUAACCACCCUGUGAUGGCAGUGGCUUUCCGCAUGGGGGUGACCGCCCCCGCAAAAUUAUAGAGGAGCAAACAUACAGCAGCCUCUUUUCCGGCUCGAUUAAAGGUUCUGGGCCAAUAUGUCUGCAAUUUAACCAGUACACUCACGUAUCACUUAUUGUAUAUUUCCUGGUCUCUCAGGAAUUUCUAUUAAAUAGCGUAUCCCCUUCCCAGGGCAAUAUACAACAAAAACUAGUCACCAAGGGUCUCUAUGGUCAUGAUAGGCCACCCUACCACUAGUGUAAUACGCCCUUUUUUUAAAAAUAUAUUUCCUGGUCUCUCAGAGAUUUUGCCUAUCCCUUUCCCAGAGCAAUAUAUAUAAACAAUUACAAAUAAGUUACAAAACGCUACUUAUAAGUAAUACAGGGUUUCAAAUAAUAAUACAGGAUAGAACUGCACAACAACUAUUGGGUAUGCUCCCCCUUAUCCGGACACGUUUAAAUACCCCCUAGCUCAGGUUCCCCACCCGCUACUGUAACUAAAAUCACAGCCCACGUUAUGGAGGUUCACCCGCUAGGCAGAUACACCCUAAUUCAAAGCAUGGAAAUAUUAAAAUCAGUUAUAGAUGGCUUCUAAAAUAAUAUAAAUCUUAAUCUGAGCCCCUACACUUACUUUGUUAAAAAUGCUAACUUGUUAAAAUAUUCAGACUAAAUAGGACAAAGGAAUUAUUUUACCAUUUUUCAGUUCAUUUGUUACCAGUUCCUGCAUAUGUCCAGUAAUUCCUUAGUCCUGGAUAAUAAAGCUGAAAAACACUCCACAAAUUGAUUAGCUUAGGCAAUUACAUUUACAAAACAAUGCAGUUUAUUUUUUCUCAUACAGGCAAGACUACCCACCCCCAACAAGGACAAAUUCUCCCCCAGCUGUAGCUGAAAAGCAUGGUCACACAGCUGUUAAAAAGGUGGUCUCUCCUUCAUGAGUCAAAAUCAUAUAUAUUUAUACUAAUAUUCUGUGUAUACGCACACAUAAAUCUAUUAUUCACUGAAUCUGCUUUACUAAACGUAUCUUUUUCUUAACUACUAAUUUAAUACAUUUGUCCAAAUCUCUUUUCAACUAGACAAAUCCAUGAAUACCAAACAAAUGUAAAUUAGUACACAAACAGGGUCAAAUUUAGCAAUAAAACCUGGUGAACUAGUUUAGUGAAAAGUCUUUUCCUAUGCAAAUGGUAGCAAACAAUGAAACUAGGCCUCAACUCAUUCACACCAUGUGGUCAAUGGUGGAUUAAAAUCCACAUGGUCAGACAAAAAGUAAAAUAGUUUUUUGUUUUAUAUAUAAAAAUGACCAAAGGUUGGUAAAACGUAACAAGCAACACAAUAAUUCAUCACUAUGUUCUACAACAAGAGAUACCUUAAAAAACAAAUAUCUAAUCCCUAUCUGCUAUCUGCAUUCAUUCCAUUAAAACCAAAUCAUCAUUCAUUUAUUCAUUUGUAUACAGACAGACAAUUUACAGUAUGAUUUAAGCAAAAUGCAUAACAUUUAUAUUUUCCCCAAUAUUCAAGCAUAAUCCUGCCGACUACGCCAAAUGUUGUGGUCGUGACCUAAAUAUGAAUAUUAAUCUCUUAAUACAUAAUAAUUAAGCAAUACGGAACAACAUUAAUAUUUUUAUAAUUCAUGGUAUUAUGGUCGAAUAUGUGGAUAGAAAAUACACAAAACGUUGUAAUAUUAAAUGUAUAUUUAAUAUAACUAUAAUAAAUAAACAGAUGCUAGCGGAAUGUCAAUUUCAAUAAUUAUACAAUACAAUACUACACAAAACACUAUUGGUUGCUAAGGCUAUUACAAUUGCUAACUGUUACAAUACAAACAUAUUACUUACAAGGCCCCAGCCAAAGGGCUGGGGCUAAGUCAGAGCUGCUACUACAUCUUUCAGGUACAGGCAAAGAGGCAAAGAGAGAGAGUUUUCUCCUCCAUCUGGUUUUAUUCAGUGUAAGUAGGCUGGCCUGUGAUGUCACUGCCAGAAGCACAUGUCUUCCUACACACUCCCCCUAGUGGUGCCCCCAAAGCAUUACACUAAAUAUGCUUUCUUUAUGAUGUAAAGUCAUUAAUUAAUAAAUACCAUUACACUUCAUUAUAUAGCCUUCAUUAUAUAGCCUUCAUUAUAUAGCCUUCUUUAUAUAGCCUUCAUUAUAUAGCCUUCUUUAUAUAGCCUUCUUUAUAUAGCCUUCAUUAUAUAGCCUUCUUUAUAUAGCCUUCUUUAUAUAGCCUUCAUUAUAUAGCCUUCUUUAUAUAGCCUUCAUUAUAUAGCCUUCAUUAUAUAGCCUUCAUUAUAUAGCCUUCUUUAUAUAGCCUUCUUUAUAUAGCCUUCAUUAUAUAGCCUUCUUUAUAUAGCCUUCUUUAUAUAGCCUUCUUUAUAUAGCCUUCAUUAUAUAGCCUUCUUUAUAUAGCCUUCAUUAUAUAGCCUUCAUUAUAUAGCCUUCUUUAUAUAGCCUUCAUUAUAUAGCCUUCUUUAUAUAGCCUUCAUUAUAUAGCCUUCUUUAUAUAGCCUUCAUUAUAUAGCCUUCAUUAUAUAGCCUUCAUUAUAUAGCCUUCUUUAUAUAGCCUUCAUUAUAUAGCCUUCUUUAUAUAGCCUUCUUUAUAAAGCCUUCUUUAUAUAGCCUUCAUUAUAUAGCCUUCUUUAUAUAGCCUUCUUUAUAUAGCCUUCAUUAUAUAGCCUUCUUUAUAUAGCCUUCAUUAUAUAGCCUUCAUUAUAUAGCCUUCAUUAUAUAGCCUUCUUUAUAUAGCCUUCAUUAUAUAGCCUUCUUUAUAUAGCCUUCUUUAUAUAGCCUUCUUUAUAUAGCCUUCUUUAUAUAGCCUUCAUUAUAUAGCCUUCUUUAUAUAGCCUUCAUUAUAUAGCCUUCAUUAUAUAGCCUUCUUUAUAUAGCCUUCUUUAUAUAGCCUUCUUUAUAUAGUCUUCUUUAUAUAGCCUUCUUUAUAUAGCCUUCUUUAUAUAGCCUUCUUUAUAUAGUCUUCUUUAUAUAGUCUUCUUUAUAUAGCCUUCUUUAUAUAGCCUUCUUUAUAUAGCCUUCAUUAUAUAGCCUUCUUUAUAUAGCCUUCUUUAUAUAGCCUUCAUUAUAUAGCCUUCUUUAUAUAGCCUUCUUUAUAUAGCCUUCUUUAUAUAGCCUUCAUUAUAUAGCCUUCUUUAUAUAGCCUUCUUUAUAUAGCCUUCAUUAUAUAGCCUUCAUUAUAUAGCCUUCUUUUAUAUAGCCUUCUUUAUAUAGCCUUCCUUUAUAUAGCCUUCUUUAUAUAGCCUUCUUUAUAUAGCCUUCUUUAUAUAGCCUUCUUUAUAUAGCUUCUUUAUAUAGCCUUCUUUAUAUAGCCUUCUUUAUAUAGCCUUCUUCUUUAUAUAGCCUUCUUUAUAUAGCCUUCUUUAUAUAGCCUUCUUUAUAUAGCCUUCUUUAUAUAGCCUUCUUUAUAUAGCCUUCUUUAUAUAGCCUUCAUAUAUAUAGCCUUCUUUAUAUAGCCUAUAGCCUUCUUUAUAUAGCCUUCAUAUAGCCUUCUUUAUAUAGCCUUCAUUAUAUAGCCUUCUUUAUAUAGCCUUCUUUAUAUAGCCUUCUUUAUAUAGCCUUCAUUAUAUAGCCUUCAUUAUAUAGCCUUCUUUAUAUAGCCUUCUUUAUAUAGCCUUCAUUAUAUAGCCUUCUUUAUAUAGCCUUCUUUAUAUAGCCUUCUUUAUAUAGCCUUCUUUAUAUAGCCUUCUUUAUAUAGCCUUCUUUAUAUAGCCUUCUUUAUAUAGCCUUCAUUAUAUAGCCUUCUUAUAUAGCCUUCUUUAUAUAGCCUUCUUUAUAUAGCCUUCUUUAUAUAGUCUUCUUUAUAUAGCUUCUUUAUAUAGCCUUCUUUAUAUAGCCUUCUUUAUAUAGUCUUCUUUAUAUAGCUUCUUUAUAUAGCCUUCUUUAUAUAGCCUUCAUUAUAUAGCCUUCAUUAUAUAGCCUUCUUUAUAUAGCCUUCUUAUAUAGCCUUCAUUAUAUAGCCUUCUUUAUAUAGCCUUCUUUAUAUAGCCUUCUUUAUAUAGCCUUCUUUAUAUAGCCUUUUUUAUAUAGCCUUCUUAUAUAGCGCCUUUCUAUUAUAUAGCCUUCUUUUAUAUAGCCUUCUUUAUAUAGCCUUCUUUAUAUAGUCUUCUUUAUAUAGCCUUCUUUAUAUAGCCUUCUUUAUAUAGCCUUCUUAUAUAGCCUUCUUUAUAUAGCCUUCUUUAUAUAGCCUUCUUUAUAUAGCCUUCAUUAUAUAGCCUUCUUUAUAUAGCCUUCUUUAUAUAGCCUUCUUUAUAUAGCCUUCAUUAUAUAGCCUUCAUUAUAUAGCCUUCAUUAUAUAGCCUUCUUUAUAUAGCCUUCUUUAUAUAGCCUUCAUUAUAUAGCCUUCUUUAUAUAGCCUUCUUUAUAUAGCCUUCUUUAUAUAGCCUUCUUUAUAUAGCCUUCUUUAUAUAGCCUUCUUUAUAUAGCCUUCUUUAUAUAGCCUUCUUUAUAUAGCCUUCAUUAUAUAGCCUUCUUUAUAUAGCCUUCUUUAUAUAGCCUUCUUUAUAUAGCCUUCAUUUAUAUAGCCUUCAUUAUAUAGCCUUCAUUAUAUAGCCUUCUUUAUAUAGCCUUCUUUAUAUAGCCUUCUUUAUUAUAUAGCCUUCUUUAUAUAGCCUUCAUUAUAUAGCCUUCUUUAUAUAGCCUUCUUUAUAUAGCCUUCUUUAUAUAGCCUUCUUUAUAUAGCCUUCAUUAUAUAGCCUUCUUUAUAUAGCCUUCUUUAUAUAGCCUUCUUUAUAUAGCCUUCAUUAUAUAGCCUUCUUUAUAUAGCCUUCUUUAUAUAGCCUUCUUUAUAUAGCCUUCAUUAUAUAGCCUUCAUUAUAUAGCCUUCUUUAUAUAGCCUUCUUUAUAUAGCCUUCUUUAUAUAGCCUUCUUUAUAUAGCCUUCUUUAUAUAGCCUUCUUUAUAUAGCCUUCUUUAUAUAGCCUUCUUUAUAUAGCCUUCUUUAUAUAGCCUUCUUUAUAUAGCCUUCAUUAUAUAGCCUUCUUUAUAUAGCCUUCUUUAUAUAGCCUUCAUUAUAUAGCCUUCUUUAUAUAGCCUUCUUUAUAUAGCCUUCAUUAUAUAGCCUUCUUUAUAUAGCCUUCUUUAUAUAGCCUUCAUUAUAUAGCCUUCUUUAUAUAGCCUUCUUUAUAUAGCCUUCUUUAUAUAGCCUUCAUUAUAUAGCCUUCUUUAUAUAGCCUUCAUUAUAUAGCCUUCUUUAUAUAGCCUUCUUUAUAUAGCCUUCUUUAUAUAACCUUCUUUAUAUAGCCUUCUUUAUAUAGCCUUCUUUAUAUAGCCUUCUUUAUAUAGCCUUCUUUAUAUAGCCUUCAUUAUAUAGCCUUCUUUAUAUAGCCUUCUUUAUAUAGCCUUCAUUAUAUAGCCUUCUUUAUAUAGCCUUCUUUAUAUAGCCUUCUUUAUAUAGCCUUCUUUAUAUAGCCUUCUUUAUAUAGCCUUCUUUAUAUAGCCUUCUUUAUAUAGCCUUCUUUAUAUAGCCUUCAUUAUAUAGCCUUCUUUAUAUAGCCUUCUUUAUAUAGCCUUCUUUAUAUAGCCUUCAUUAUAUAGCCUUCUUUAUAUAGCCUUCAUUAUAUAGCCUUCUUUAUAUAGCCUUCAUUAUAUAGCCUUCAUUAUAUAGCCUUCUUUAUAUAGCCUUCUUUAUAUAGCCUUCUUUAUAUAGCCUUCAUUAUAUAGCCUUCUUUAUAUAGCCUUCUUUAUAUAGCCUUCAUUAUAUAGCCUUCUUUAUAUAGCCUUCUUUAUAUAGCCUUCUUUAUAUAGCCUUCAUUAUAUAGCCUUCUUUAUAUAGCCUUCUUUAUAUAGCCUUCUUUAUAUAGCCUUCGCACUGACGUUGGCUUUUUACGCAUACUGACGCAAAAUGUAGCAAUGUAGUUUACUGUUGUUAUAUUAACACUGUUCCCCAUGCUACACCGUGCUUCAAGACAAAAUUUAAUUUAUUUGUAAUUAGAAAUAAAUAUUUCACAAUAUAUAAUUACAUAUUGUUUUUGUGAUUAAUCACUAUGCCUUAAUUACGUUCAAUUUGUAACAAUGAAAAUUCAUCCUGCAUCUCAGAUAUUUACAUUACGAUUCAUAAAAGUAACAAAAUUACAGUUAUGAAGUAGCAACAAAAAUAAUUUUAUGGUUGGGGGUCACCACAACAUGAGGAACUGUAUUAAAGGGUCACGGCAUUAGGAAGGUUGAGAACCACUGCCCUAAGCUGUGACAUAGGCCCGUCAAAUCCAUCUACGAAAAUUCUAACUAUAGAAACUGAAAUAGCCUUGUCUCUUAUAUGGCAUUGUAGCUUCACAGAAUAGUGCCAAAGGCAUACAAUCGGGGUAUCAUUAUACUCAGCAGAUGUAGCUGAACACAAUAUUAUGUGCAGGAAUAGCACACACCAGUCUUACGAAAUACACAUUACAAAAACCUUGUUAUAUGUGUAUAUGCCAAAAUAGAGAAAAAACACAAUUUUACUCCAAUAUUUAAUAGAGAUUGGCGACGAAAUGGUUAAGUAAAAAGUGUCAAACUAACCUUAGGUAAAUAGCCUGUGAUGUCUACUUUAUAUAAGUAUAUACUUUUGCGUGGCAAUUUUUUUUCUGUGGUGGCUACUAAACCUACAAGACAAACAUACCAACUUCUAAAAUUGUUUCACAUUAAAAUUUUAUUUUAGUCCUUGUAUUUUGUGACCUGUAACUUUCAAAAUAAGCUGAAAUCCUAUACAUAUUAUGUACUCUAUAAAUCAAGACACAUAAAUUAAUUAAUUUUGAAUUACUUUUUCUAAGCUGGACAUAUUAUGCACACAUUAUUAUUGCCAAAACAGUGAAAUCUUUUUCUAUUUUUUGCCCCUCCCCCCCCAUUUUUGGCAUUUUGUGGCAUUUUUUUAUAAUUAAUGAGAAUUUAUCUAUGUAUAUGUGACAUCAAAUUAAAGCCCUGUUUGCCCUCUGAAAAGCGGUAUAUAAUAUGUGUUGGUGCAAUAAAUGACAGAGAUGCAAAUUGUGUUUGAACACAAACAGCAAAGAAUGCUAAAAUGGCUUCUGUCCUUAAAGGACCACUAUAGGCACCCAGACCACUUCCGCUAGGUUUAACCCUUUUUUCUAUAAACAUAGCAGUUUCAGAGAAACUGCUAUGUUUAUAUUAGGGUUAAUCCAGCCUCUAGUGGCUGUCUCACUGACAGCCGCUAGAGGCGCUUGCGUGCUUCUCACUGUGAAAAUCACAGUGAGAAGACGCCAGCGUCCAUAGGAAAGCAUUGUCAAUGCUUUCCUAUGAGACAGGCUAAAUGUGCGCGCGGCUCUUGCCUCGCAUGCGCAUUCAGCCGAGGAGGAGGAGAGGAGGCAGAGAGGAGGAGGAGAGUCCCCCGUCUGGUGCUGGAGAAUGAGGUAAGUUUAACCCCUUCCACCCUCUAGAGCCCAGAGGGAGGUGGACCCUGAGGGUGGGGGCACCCUCAGGGCACUAUAGUGGUCCUUUAAGGGUAAGACAAGCAUUUGAAGCUGUGUCUUUAAGGAGUUAAUAGUGUUUCCUUGUGGCAUUGUUCAAACAAAAAAACAACACCCUGGUAAAAAAAAGAUAACACUGGUCUAACUCAAUAUGAAGAAUACUAAUAUAGCAUUAAGUAUAUUUAAUGACCUAUUGCAGUUUAAUGCCUUUGUCCAACUGUGCGUGGGCAAUCCAAAUUACACAGAACCUCUUUAAUAAUAAUAAAUGUAUGGGGUUCACAUCUAUGUAUGGCUAAAUUCACCUAAUUAAAGUAAUAUUUUUUAUUUGUAAUGUUUGCUAAGUUCUUUGUUAUUGUCUUGCCAUUAGAUUGACUUUCAUGGUUCGUACAAAGAUGCUCAUCACGCUGGUGACUUUGGUGAAUAUGCAGUUUUUCUCCUUUUUCUGGAUUAUUCCAAUUUUUUAUUAUUUUCUUGUUUAUGUGUUACUGUUUUUCUCCUUUCUGCACACUGCAAAUACAUGUUGCUCUACAGGGAGUGCAGAAUUAUUAGGCAAAUGAGUAUUUUGAACACAUCAUCCUCUUUAUGCAUGUUGUCUUACUCCAAGCUGUAUAGGCUCGAAAGCCUACUACCAAUUAAGCAUAUUAGGUGAUGUGCAUCUCUGUAAUGAGAAGGGGUGUGGUCUAAUGACAUCAACACCCUAUAUCAGGUGUGCAUAAUUAUUAGGCAACUUCCUUUCCUUUGGCAAAAGGGUCAAAAGAAGGACUUGACAGGCUCAGAAAAGUCAAAAAUAGUGAGAUAUCUUGCAGAGGGAUGCAGCACUCUUAAAAUUGCAAAGCUUCUGAAGCGUGAUCAUCGAACAAUCAAGCGCUUCAUUCAAAAUAGUCAACAGGGUCGCAAGAAGCGUGUGGAAAAACCAAGGCGCAAAAUAACUGCCCAUGAACCGAGAAAAGUCAAGCGUGCAGCUGCCACGAUGCCACUUGCCACCAGUUUGGCCAUAUUUCAGAGCUGCAACAUCACUAGAGUGCCCAAAAGCACAAGGUGUGCAAUACUCAGAGACAUGGCCAAGGUAAGAAAGGCUGAAAGACGACCACCACUGAACAAGACACACAAGCUGAAACGUCAAGACUGGGCCAAGAAAUAUCUCAAGACUGAUUUUUCUAAGGUUUUAUUGACUGAUGAAAUGAGAGUGAGUCUUGAUGGGCCAGAUGGAUGGGCCCGUGGCUGGAUUGGUAAAGGGCAGAGAGCUCCAGUCCGACUCAGACGCCAGCAAGGUGGAGGUGGAGUACUGGUUUGGGCUGGUAUCAUCAAAAAUGAGCUUGUGGGGCCUUUUCGGGUUGAGGAUGGAGUCAAGCUCAACUCCCAGUCCUACUGCCAGUUCCUGGAAGACACCUUCUUCAAGCAGUGGUACAGGAAGAAGUCUGCAUCCUUCAAGAAAAACAUGAUUUUCAUGCAGGACAAUGCUCCAUCACACGCGUCCAAGUACUCCACAGCGUGGCUGGCAAGAAAGGGUAUAAAAGAAGAAAAUCUAAUGACAUGGCCUCCUUGUUCACCUGAUCUGAACCCCAUUGAGAACCUGUGGUCCAUCAUCAAAUGUGAGAUUUACAAGGAGGGAAAACAGUACACCUCUCUGAACAGUGUCUGGGAGGCUGUGGUUGCUGCUGCACGCAAUGUUGAUGGUGAACAGAUCAAAACACUGACAGAAUCCAUGGAUGGCAGGCUUUUGAGUGUCCUUGCAAAGAAAGGUGGCUAUAUUGGUCACUGAUUUGUUUUUGUUUUGUUUUUGAAUGUCAGAAAUGUAUAUUUGUGAAUGUUGAGAUGUUAUAUUGGUUUCACUGGUAAUAAUAAAUAAUUGAAAUGGGUAUAUAUUUGUUUUUUGUUAAGUUGCCUAAUAAUUAUGCACAGUAAUAGUCACCUGCACACACAGAUAUCCCCCUAACAUAGCUAAAACUAAAAACAAACUAAAAACUACUUCCAAAAAUAUUCAGCUUUGAUAUUAAUGAGUUUUUUGGGUUCAUUGAGAACAUGGUUGUUGUUCAAUAAUAAAAUUAAUCCUCAAAAAUACAACUUGCCUAAUAAUUCUGCACUCCCUGUAUUUAAACAGUUAUUGAAUCUUUCUGGAAGCUAUAUACUUAUUUUAUCUUCUCAUACUCCAGGAGGUGAUGUGCUAAGCCAAUUUGUACUUGAUUUUGGAUACCUGGAAUCAAAAUGGUAAGACACAGACACUGGUAUGGGUUAUUCAGAAUAGUAAGAAUUGCAGACAAUCCAAAGGGAAUUUCAACAGCAAGGCUGAAAUAGUUUCAUGUAAAACAAAACUGACUUGAAGAAUUUUUCCAAUUUGGUUAUUUUGACCUUCAAAAAAUUCCCAGCGAUUCUCACUUUAGUGUAUAACCAUAAAUGUGUCAAAAUAUGGAAAUGUCGAGAGCUGCCUUUCACUUAUAAAGACUUUUUUUUUCAAUUUGAAAACAUUUUCUUGAUACAGAGUGUUUUAUAAUAGUUCCAAAAAUAAAUCAAAACAUGAAACACAGUAUCAGUAAAUUAAACAAUUCUAGACUUUUUAUUGCCAGUUGGACUGCUUUUAAUAUUUUCUAAAACUGAGCAAAAAAGUAUAUAAUUCAAAGACUUGACACGUCACUGACUUACCUGUGUUUAAAGGUACACUCCACUGUCCAAAUACAACAAAAUAAAAUAACCAUUUUUUAUUAUUUAUUAAGACACGACACUUAACCAAAAGUUUCCAAUUUAACAAUAAUAUUCUAUUUAUUUUCUGAAGGCACCAUAAGCGAUAUUUAAUACAAGUAACAGAGAACUUUUCUGUCAGAAAAAAGUGGUGAAAAAUUCAUAAUCUUUAAAACACACACAGCAUGUUUUACAUGUCUAAAAUUGAAUAAAUAUUAUUAAAGGAAUGCUAAAGUGUAUGGAAUACAAACCUGUAUUCCUGAUGCUUUAGUGUCCCUGCCCCUAGUUAGAUAGGUCUUCCCUCAUUUGUUUAACUCCUUAAGGACCAAACUUCUGGAAUAAAAGGGAAUCAUGACAUGUCACACAUGUCAUGUGUCCUUAAAGGGUUAAAAAAAAAAAUACUCUCUUACCUUUUUACUUUUUACUGCUUACCUCUACAGCAACAUCAUGUAUCAAUCCAAAGAUACUUAUUGACAAGCAUCUAAGCUUCCCCAUAAGAAAGCAUUCAACCAAUCAAUGCCUUCCAAAGGGGGUUUCAGUGUCACGUGACAAAGUUUUACUGGGUUAGUGCAGUGGAAGCAUCUCUAGUGGCUGUCAGUAUAACAGUCACUAGAGGUGGACUCAACCCUACAAUGUAAACAUUAUAGUUUCUAAAAAAAAAACUGCAAUGUUUUGGAUUGUAGGGUUAAAACUAAAGGACUACUUCAACCAGGCCACUUCAUUGAGAUGAAAAGGCCUGGGUGACUUUAGCACUAUUUUAACCCCUUAAGGACCACAUUUCUGGAAUAAAAGGGAAUCAUGACAUGUCACACAUGUCAUGUGUCCUUAAGGGGUUAAAGUACUUCCCUACCAUUUAUAAGCUUUUUCCAAGUAAACAGCUUCAGAAUUCUUCCAGAUGUAGACUGGAUUGACCCCAUUUUGUUGUUUUUCUUUAGGUAUAUACCAGUAAAGGACCUUGUUAAUAUAUAUGAGGAGUUCUACGGCAAAGAUGUAAUAGAAGACAACACGAUCAUUGACUGCACAUACAUACUAUUUCUUCAGAUGUGAGUUCGACCCACCAGGCUGUACUCUGCUAAAAGAACUAGUAACAGAUAAACAGCACAUGUUUUGUAUUCUUUACGUAUUAAAAAUUUUGCUUUUAGGUAUGGAGAAUCUAUUGCUGUUUCAAAGGUAAGAUAACUUUAUUCUUGUAAACAUUUGAUACAUUUAAUGAAGAAAUUUCCUUUAAAAUAUUUGUCUUCUCUGCAGCUUUUUCCCAACUAUGCAAAACAAUCUCCAUUCUUGGUGGAGAGGUUCCAGGAGUAUUUUCUUGGUGGUGUCGAUGAUAUGGCAUUUUGGUCGAUAAACGUUUUCCAGUUAAUUAGCUUUAUGUUAGAUAAUGGUACUAGGUAAGUUAUAACAUGAAUACUAACAACUGAUUUAAAGGGAAUGACAAACUAGUUUCUAGGGCUGCAUGCAGACGAACACAUGUAUGGACCAGUAACAAACCGUUUCUAUGUUAUUAUAUGGAACAAAUAUCACACUUAUGAGUAUUGUUCUACGAGAAAAAAACAUACAUUAAAAUAGAUUCUCUAAGCACCUUUACCAUUUCAACUUAUCAGUAAAGUUAUUGGUAAGGGCUAAUGGUGAUUAGACAUUGCCAAAAGUAUUAAAGGAUGAUUGGAAACAUUCAAAUUGACACAACACCCACAUGGCAUGAAUACACGUGGUAUAUGACAUGACGUGGUAUAACACGUGGUAUAUGACUUCUUAUUAUAACUACUCUACUAGACACAUUGGGUUAGAGUGGUGGAAAAAUUCUUGUUUUUUUUGUUGCCAAACAGUUUCACGUAUAGUGUCUUUGCACUAUAGCUACUACAUGGUGUAGUUCUUAUGGUGAUUGGAAUGCCCCAUUACACGCAGCCUACUUUAUUCUAAAAACUUUUCACAGCAAAAGGCAUUUUAGACACAAUUGAGCUGUAUUUUGUUAAAAUAUUUUCUUUAUAAGUUUCUACCAGAGUAUUUAGUUUGUUUUAUCCAAUCUAUAGCUCUACUAAAAGUUAUUUGGAUUUUAUCUGACUACUCUGACUACUAUUUUGAAAACAACAAACAUCUGGAUUUAGUGAAUAAAAUGGUUGCGACAAGGCUAUCUCAUACCCACUAAUGGUCUAUCUCAUUGUCAUGGAACUAUACCCUGACACGCAGCGCUAGGACAACAAUAGCUGAUUAAAGAGAGCAGAUGUAUUAACAGACCUUAGAAUUGCUAGGCUUAAUUUAAAAAAAAAUAGAGAUAUCGUAGUGAAGUACUAGCCAAGGUCAGGAUAAUAGAGAGACAGAAUAAUCAAAAAACUAGCCGAAUACAGAAUAUUGGAAGAACAAAUACUAGCCAAGUUAGGGUUACAUAUACACUCUAAAUCAAAAACUAGACAAGAUCGAUACCAGAAAUAGCAGAUAGGCACAAGGAAUGCACUAAACGGGAACUAGUAACAGAAACCACAAUAUGGCGCAGUAAAUUGGGCCAAAGAACUAUAGAUAAUGUUAGGUGUGAUUUGAUUGGUCUACGUCACACCUGCGACCCCAGAACGUGACCCGAUGGUCACCAGAGGGAUGUGGACCAUGCCAAACCGGAAAUUAUUUGGCAUUCCCUCUGCACCUUUGAGAACAUGCUCCGAAUGCAGCGCUCGCAUUGCUGAAAUGCAGGCUGUGCACAUGGCUUACCUGAUUAGUGCAUCACUACACUUUCUGGGGACAAAACAGGACACCAGGUAACAAAAUCAGAAAGCUGAAAAAGGGAAACUUAAAAUCAGAACUGUUGGGAGGCCUGGUUAAUCUAUCUAUCCAUCCACCCACCCACUGACCCUCCAUCUAUCCAUCCACCUCUCUAUACAUACAUCCAUUGAUCUAUCAAUCAAUCUAUCAAUCAAUCUGUUGAGUGAUCUAUCGAGUGAUUUAUCAAUCUAUUGAGCUAUCUAUCAAUUUAUUUAUCUAGUAUGCUAUCUAUUAAUCUGGAUCUCAUUAUUGAUCUUUCAAGCAUUCUAUUGACCUUUCUAUCUAUCAAUCUAUCAGUCGAUCAAUCUAUCGUGCAAUAUAUAACUCUUUCUAUUGGCCCAGUCAUUUUCUUAGUAAGAUCUGUCUCUCCAUGGAUAGAUUUAUUGAUCAAUCUACUGACUGAUAUAUUGAUAUAUUGAUCUAUGUACCAAACAUUCUGUCUAGUUUGCCUACUACUAUAUAUGUCUAAAUCUUUAUGUUAUUUAUUUUUUUAACUUUUGAUACUGCAAUAUCUUUUCCUCUUUUUCUCUUUUUUCUAUUUAUCGACCUAUCAAGUGAUCUAUUGAUCUAUCAAUCUUUAUAUCUAUCUAUCCAUCUAUCUAUCUAUUCAUCAUCAGUCGAGCUAUCAGUUUAUUUAUCGAUAACUCAAGCAAUUUAUCUGUUUUAUAUAGAGCUAUCUAUCAAGCAAUCUAUCGAGCCAUCUACCAAUUUUUCUGUCUGUAUAUCUAUCUACCUUUAGACCUAUAUAUUGAGUGAUCUAUCGAUUUUUCUAUCUAUCAAUUCUUCUAACAAGCAAUCAAUCUAUCAAGUGGUCUACAAAUGUGUUGUUCUAUUGAUCUGUGAAUCAAUCGGUCAUUCUAUCAAUCUAUUGCUCUAUCGAUCUAUCUACCAAUCUAUCUAUUUAUCUAUCUACAUAUCUAUGUACAUAUCUAUCCAUCUAUCUACCAGUCUAUCAGUCAGUUAACCAUAAUCAGCUGCAGUUUAAUGUUUUCUAACAAGGUUUUGCAUUUUCCAUUUUGAUCAGUGACUGCUACAUUCCAGAAAACCCAAUUUUCAUGCAGUGCAAUGGUCAGAAAAGACAGAGCAAUACGUGAGUAUAAUUCUCCCAGUACCUGUUGUGAUAAUGCAUUACUUUUAACUUUAGUAUAUGCCUCAACUGUUAAACUCCAUUUGAAUUGCCUUUGAAAUCCUGAUAAAACACACUUUAAUGAAUAACCCUGUUUAUUUAGUGUACAUGCACCUUCAUUUAAUACUACAUUCAUAUUUGUAUGAUCGUUUUAAACCCUGAAAUAUACAACUGGCAAACAUUAAUGUCCCAUAUAUUGUCUACUAUUACUACUAAGAAGACUGCGUUAUAAAAUAAUCUCAUUGAUACAAUGUCUGCAUUAAAAGAUCAAAGUUUACUAGGAGAGAAUCAGUCACACAGACAAAUAUAACUGAUCCAUUUCUAAUACUCAGAAAUCGCAAUUAUUAUAUAUAUAAUAAAUAGUAAAAAAACAAUAAUUUGUUAUCUUGGUAACUAUAUUAGUCAAUAGCAGAUAUGGCGGCAAUGUGUUCAGCCAUUGACAAUAUUUCUGUUAGUAACUUUGACAUCAUGUUACAGACGAGGGAAAAUACGUUUCCAGAAAGAUGAGUCCUUCGAAAACUCUGAUCCUUCCAUCGUGAUGUCAGUUGGAGCCCAUAAGAUUUCUGUGGACACUGGAGUCUUCUUUCACAUGAAUUCCUGGGCAAAGGUUCUCUUUGCAUAUUAAUGAUAUUUAUGCAAUUCAAAAAAUUUUGCGCAAUUUAAUGCAUAUUGUCUUUGAUAAGGGGAAAUCGCUAAAUCUGAUAGAAUAUUGUAAAAAUAUAUACGUAACUAAUGCUAUAGAAACAUUCAUACUGUCAUUUUCUGCCAAUAACCAGAAUAACUGCAGUGAGCUCUACUCUCACCAAGAAGAAGCUAAAACUUUCUCAUCCCAUUCUAGUAUACCCAUAAAUGUCAUGUGAGUGCUAAACACAUCCUAUAAUUUGAGUGUUGUACCAAUGGAAGCUGUUCCAUUUUUGCACAGAUACCAAGUCUCUGUGAUGCACUUCUGACUUUACCAGCUGUCCGCAAUGAGUUUCUGACUCUCAGCACUGAGUUGAAGUGUAUCUAUCAAUCUGUCGCCUCAUGCUAAGACAUUGAGAAUCAGAAGACCUCAUUUGUCAUAAACAAUACAUCCUUAUAGCAAUCCAGGGUUGCGAAAACCGCCAUGCCACAUAUAAAUGAUAAAGCACUGCCUUGCAGUAUACAUGUGUAACUCAAUUGCUGUAGAAAGGAAAUUACGGAGGAAUCCUGUAACAAAUUAAUUCUACAUAUUGCCUGAGAUAAUGAAAUAAUGUGUGUCUGGUAGGUAUAGUCUAUUACAAUGAAGAGGGGGCACUAUGUCAGAUACUAAGACAAUCAACCAACUUACACCAUACUUGCUGUACUUUUACACCACAUUUGCAUAUUCAUAUGCUAUAUUAUUUAGCAUACAGAUAGCUAUAGAGUCAUGUUAGUUAGGACUGUCUCUGUCAGGUACCAUCAAUCUGAUGCUCUCAGCCAAAGAGCAAUGUCCCAAAUGGGUAUAUGUUGCUACGAUAAUAUGAAAGUAUGAACUUCCACUGUAACAUACCCACUCAGAUUAUAAGACACACGGCAAAGACAGGUAAGUUUCAAACCAUUCUCAAAUGGUUUUACAGUUAAAGGAACACUCCAAGAGCCAUAACAACUACAGUAUAUAAAGUGUACAUUUUAGAACAAGCUUACUUUAAAAAUAGAAGCAAACAAUGAAAUAUCGUCUGAUGAUAGCAUCCUGAUGUAUAAUUUAAUAUUAAAAUGGAAAAUUAUUAUUAUAUACUUUAAAUAUAAAACUAGACCAUGAAAAAAAGCAUAUGUUACAUUUAACACUUUUAAAAACAUUCUACUCGUUUACUUAAUUAUAAUUUGAUUAUUGCAGAAUUCCAUGCAGCUGCUAGCCAAUUCCACUCUGUCAAUGGAUUUGAGGUGGAUGUUUAAUUCUGUUGAUCAAAAUAAUGAUUCAAUGCCUUCUGCCAUCUACUUUGUGACUACUCCAUAUGCUAGACUUGGGUGGUAAGUUUGUGGAUAAUACAGUGGCGGAACGGAUUUAGAAAGCGCUCUAGUGCAAGAAUUUAUUUGGGCCCUUUCUGUUGCAAGGUGGGCCAAAAGUUAGAUCCCCAUCUGUCAUACAAUACCCAUAAUCCUUUGCCAGCUUGAGAUCUACCAUUUUUCCAUCCUUGCAAGGUUGUAUUUAGCACUGAGCAGUUUGUGUGUUUCAAUGUAAGCAUGCUUUUGUAUGGAUUAUGUGUGUGUGGAUGUAGUAAUUUAUUUGUGUGUAGUGUUAGUUUUUAAAUGCAAUAUUAUGUUUCAAUGUUAAUUGCUAUUUAAAAGCACUUGGUGUACUUCUGCACAGUGUUUGCCACUGAAUGAAGGAUGUCUUUGUACUGUUGGCAUUUAAAUGCAGAUGUGUAUUUGUGUGUAGUGUUGGUUUUUGAAUGCAGGGGUGUGUUUGUGUGUAGUCCCUGUGUUUUAGUACAAAGGUGUGUUUAGCUGCUCUUGAUAAAGGCGCGAUAUUGGGCCAAAUCGCGCGUCGAGCUGACGCUUAUUUUUAAUAGUUAGGAGGAACCCUUUACUUUUGAGACCAAUGGAAUGCUAAUAGUGAGAUUUUUGAGGCUGAAUCUAAGGGGAUUGCCUUGAAGCAGUGUGAUCUAGAUAGGAGAGAGGUUUAAGAGGUUUAAGAGGACUAGCUUUAGCUAUAUUGUCUAUUAAAUACAUGUUGCUGGCUAUCUUGAACCCCUCCAAUAUACCUAAUAUAUUUGACUGCUUUGCUCUAUUACUGUUGUGUUGAUUAGUAUCACAUUGUGUAAGUGCCACUUGUUGCUAGUGAUGAGGAAUAAGCCUUUUGCACUAUAAUUGCGGUCUAAUCAAUACCAUUGAAAUCUAAAAGCCAAUUAUUAAGAGUGAACUAUUUUAUGGUAUAGAAUAGCUUGUGCUGUUAGCUUUCCAAUGAAGGAGAGUGGGAUUGGUACUAUAACCACUUUAUUUUUUAAAAUAUACCACAACUGAGGACCACAGGUGCUGUUUUAUCUUUUGUUUACUCAGGACACCCCCUAGUGUGCUAAUAUAACUACAAGUAUCUAAGCACAGAUACUCAGUAUCUAAUGUGUCUCAAUAGAAGGAGUUGCUGAUAUCCUUAAAAACGACCUCUGUUAAAUUGUGAUAUAAACUUUAAUUUAAAAUGUAUUUAUAUACAGAGUAACUUGUCAUAUGUAUGAUAUCAAUCUCAGUACUCUUUAUAGGGAUUCCCUCCUAUUUUAAUUUAUUCACGUUUUUUGUUAUUAUAUAUUUUUUAUGAUACUUUAUAUGUAGAAGUGGUAUCCAGUUAUUACUAAUAAAGACUAUGAUCAAAUUAUCUCCAAUUGUAUCACUAUUGAAUUGUUAAAAUAAGUGUUUUAUAAGUGUUUUUAUACCAGUGGUUAUCUCUGGAGAUUUGAUUCCAUCUCUUUGGGAGUUGGAUCUCUAUUUGGUUUGUUUGUUGAAAUUUAUCAGGGGUUAUGCCCCUUAAUGAUUACCCAUAAAUCCCCUUUUCUUGCAAUAGGGUUGGGUUUUUGUACCUAACACAUAUAGCGAUUUGUCUCUAAGUGUGUUUGUGGACAGGGAGAUGGACGAAGGGUAAGAUGUAAAAGUGUAGGUGAGUGUGGAUUUGGUAGACAUGUGAUGGAGUUUAUGAAUGCUGCUAGCUUGGAAAAUAUAUGUCAUUGUAUAGGUAGUAUGAUUAGGUGGGUGGCUGUAUGAGAAUGUUUGUUGGUUUGUGACAUAUUGUGUGUCUGGGUAAAUGUGACUAAGUGACAGUAUGUAACAGGUUUGGAGUAAGUGACAGGCUGCUUGAUAGAUGGAUAUAACUAAAUGGUUGCUAGUGAGUUGGCUGGUGAAAGACAGGAUGAGUUUUAAUACAGAUAUGAAUGUUGUUAAUCAGCUAUCUGGGUGAGUGACUGUAAAUAGAAUUUACAAGGGUUGGAAACAGAAUAAAUCUGCAUUCAAAGGUGAGGAUCACAAAGUAUUACAUGGUGAUAUGUAGAUAAUGUUAGUUAUCAAACAUAGUUCUAAAAUAAACAUCCAUACAACGAAAAACAGAAUAAAGGUGAACAGAAAAAUAAAUAAAUUAAUAACCCACUACAUGUGUUAUACGUUUGUCCAGAGAAGCUUCAUCAGCAUUGACUUGAAAUGUGAGGCUUCACUGUACCGUAUGCAUCUCCUUUAGAACAUACUUGAGAGAUGGAAAUCACAAUAUUACUUCUACCAACUUCCUCUUGAUGUCAUAAGUCUACUGAGAUUAAAACCUGCUUAGUGCAUGACUGUACCAAUGCAGGGCACAUUAAACCUAGUCAACAUGUUAUCCUCUCCCAUGGAAUGGAAGAUUGUUAGCUUUGUUGACUUAGAUAGCUAUAAACCUUUGCCCUGUUUUGAUGAUGUGGUCAUAAUAGCUAUUAUGCCCACAUCAUUAUGACCUCCCUUUACUUAAUUUCUAAAGCAUGUCCAAAAUCUGCCCUAGAUCCCCUAAUUCAUUAAAUAAUAACUAUAUUGCCUCCUUCUAAAACCUGUCUCAUUUGCAUUCUAAAGAACUGUUGCAUGGUUGCAUUUCAAACUCAUUAUGAUAAAUAAAAAAGAAAAAGCACUAAAAAGUGGAAAAACACUGAAAAAUGCAAAAGACCUAGGAGCUAAUAAGUAUAUGACUCAAAAAUCUGGAUAAGAAAUGCUGGAUAAAAUCUGUAUAAAAUACUUCAAGGAUAUAACAAUAAAAAUGGGACUAAAAAAAAAAGGGGACUCCAAAAUUGGGUACUAUGCCUAUAAGAAAAAUAUAUCAAGGGUAGGACUCUAAGUUUUAGAAUUUACCAGUUACAUUUUAGAGUCCUACCCUUGAUAUAUUUUUCUUAUAGGCAUAGUACCCAAUUUUGGAGUCCCCUUUUUUUUUUAGUCCCAUUUUUAUUGUUAUAUCCUUGAAGUAUUUUAUACAGAUUUUAUCCAGCAUUUCCGGAUUUUUGAGUCAUAUGAUUAAGUUUUAGAAUUUACCAGUUACAUUUUAAUCAUAUGACUCAAAAAUCCGGAAAUGCUGGAUAAAAUCUGUAUAAAAUACUUCAAGCACUUCAAAUACUUGAAGUAUUUUAUACAGAUUUUAUCCAGCAUUUCAUUUCCGGAUUUUUGAGUCAUAUGAUUACGUUUUAGAAUUUAUCAGUUACAUUUUAGAGUCCUACCCUUGAUAUAUUUUUCUUAUAGGCAUAGUACCCAUUUUUGAGUCCCCUUUUUUUAGUCCCAUUUUUAUUGUUAUAUCCUUGAAGUAUUUUAUACAGAUUUUAUCCAGCAUUUCUUAUCCAGAUUUUUGAGUCAUAUACUUAUUAGCUCCUAGGUCUUUUGCAUUUUUCAGUGUUUUUCCACUUUUUAGUGCUUUUUCUUUAUUCUAUAUAGGUUUUAGUGGAACCCUAUCUUCCUAGUUAGUAGCUAUUUAGUUUUAGUCCUCCUCCCUCUUUGCUGUGUAUCACAUUAGGUGUACCAGAUCUAUCUAUUUUUCAUUAUGAUAAAUGCCUAAGAAACGUAGUUUGUAACUCAAAGCUUUUCUUUUUGUACAGGACCAUGACCACAGCUGAUCUCAACCAAGAUGGUUUAGGAGAUUUGAUAAUAGGAGCUCCAGGUUAUAGCAUUAUGGGACAAGUUCAAAUAGGUCGUGUGUACGUUGUCUAUAGCAAAGAAACAGGAUUGCCUUCUGUCAAUAUAGACCUUGAUAAGGAUGCUGAUGUUCUGCUGCAAGGUAUUGAGGUGAGAAAGAAAUGGCUAUGGAAGAGUCAACAGGACAAUAAACCUUAAGUGAUAGAGUAUGAAUGUUUGUGUAAAAUAGUUAGGGGUAAACCAAUUUACAUGAGUUGAGGCAAUAUUAUAAACCAGGGAACCUAAACAUGGACGGUCAUAUCACCUUUUCACUUGAAUCACUUGACUAUGAAUGUAAUAUUUAGUGUUGCCAUUUAUCACAUGUUGUGGAUAGUAUAAGGAAUAAACUCAAAGGUAUUGGAUGAAAUGUUUUGAUGUGAAAUAUAUUUUACUAAAAUUAUGUCUACUUGUACAUACAAACUUUUUUUUUUCUUUCUUUUUUUUAGCAAUCAGGCAGAUUUGGUUCUUCAGUGGCUGUGCUGGACUUUAAUCUUGAUGGACAUCUGGAUUUGAUUGUAGGAGCUCCAUCAGUAGGGUCCAAAUAUCUCACAUACACUGUAAGAUAUUGUUACUGUAAGAAAAAAAAGUUGUAUAACAAGGCACACAAUCAGUUAGUAUACCCAGAAUAUGGAGACAUGCAAUCAUUAUCAAUAUUUUGUUACAUGUUUUUAAGCAUUGUAUAGAUUCCCUAGGAUUUAGAAAACUCAUGAUGCUCAACUCAAGUGAAGGAACGUGUGGCAUCAGCAAUGGAGUCUCACAUUGGGAGUUAUGUAUAAAGUCUACUUGUGUGACAAAGUUUUAAAAGUGGAGCAAUCAGAAGAGGUUAGUUUCCAUGGAAAUUGCUCAAUGUUUAGAACUUUGAGCCAGAAGUGUUCUUUACACGCAACUCUCAUUGUAUCUCAAAACCUUCUGUGCAUAUCGACUGCUGUGGAAAUUAUGCUUUACAGAAUUUGGUAAUAGUAAUGUGCAUAUCAGAUGUAGUCCUCACUUUGAUGAGCUUUCUAAAUGAUUAAAUACUGUUAGAAAAGUUUUCAAGUUAUUUAUCUAUAGAAAUUCACCAUUAAAAUCUAUGGGUAUUUUUGUAGAUAAGUAAUUUGGAAAAAAAAUUUAACAGUAUUGAAUUAUUUGGAAAAGUUACGAUUUUAAUUGUAUAAAUGUUUUUGACAUAAGAUAUGAUGUUAAAGUAGGAGGAAUUGUCAAUCUAGUCCAACACGGAAUUGUCAUUCUGCAUACUACCAUUUAGGACCAUAUUUUCAACAUGUGAUUCUUACACAUUGUUAUGCAGAAUGACUAUUGAGCCCUCCAAGUCAUUAAAUAAUACCUUCCCACUAGGACUAUUGAAACCAGUAAGUCAUUAUUUUAUUAUUGUUGAUAAGAUUUAUCAAGUUUAAGCUGACAAACAGAUUUGGCAAACCCAGAGAUUUAGCCUUGUAGGCCAUCAUCUAUAAACACCUGAUAAAAUAAUUAAAUGCAGGCUUUAGAGGACACAAUAGGCGCCCAGACCAUUUAAUCUCAAGGAAGUGAUCUGGGUGCCACGUUCCUCCGUUUUAACCCUGCAGCUGAAAACAUUGCAUGGUUUAAAUACCUGUAAGACACAAGAGACGCUGCCGCCAAAAAUAGCAGAGUGAAACCAUCUGAUUGACAAAGCUCUGCAUUUAGCAGCGAAUGUGCACUGUAUUCCUAAUGCUAUAGUGUUCCUUAAAUAAUAUAUAUAUGUUACUUUUAGGGUUCCGUGUAUGUCUAUUUUGGGUCAAAGACAAAAGACUUCUCCUCCUCACCAAACAUUACCAUAAUGUGCAGGGUAAGUGUUCAAUGUAUACGUUGGACAGGAGGUUCACUAUGAAGGAUAAUUGACUUCAGGAAAGGCUUUUCUUGAAAC